CAACAACAACAACAACAACAACAUGCCUAGGGGUCGACCACUUUCUUUGCAGACGGUGGAACUCAAAGUAAGGAUGUGUUGCCCUGGUUGUGAGAGAGUUGUCAAAGACGCUGUCCUCAAGCUUAGAGGGGUGGAUUCAGUAGAGAUCGAUGUAGAGAUGGAAAAGGUGACCAUAAUGGGAUACGUCGAUCGAAAAAAGGUGCUAAAAGCAGUAAGAAGAUCAGGAAAGAGGGCAGAAUUUUGGCCAUAUCCAAAUCCACCACUAUAUUUCACAUCAUCAAAUAAUUACUUCAAAGAUACAACAACAGAGUACAAAGAAAGUUACAAUUAUUGGAGACAUGGUUACAAUGCUACUGAUAAGUAUGGUACUUUGCCUAUAACUCAAAGAGGAGAUGACAAAGUUAGCAAUUUGUUUAAUGAUGAUAAUGUAUAUUCUUGUUCUAUCAUGUAA